CCCCUGUGAACGCGCGUUCAUCUCGACCGCCGCUAGCCUCGCGCAGACAGACCUCUGAUGGCGAGCACAAGUCAACAGCACACUGAGGUGGCGAUGGGAUGCAGAGAUCCUGGACUUUGUGCAGGCCAUGUCGUGAUGGUUUGAGGAUAAAACACAGCGCGGGGUGGGCUAAAAUAUGAUCAGCAACCCUCUCGCGUUGAGUUCCCUGCACUGAGACUAUGAGGCAAGCAGUGACCGCCACUCUGUCUGUGUGGGGCGAGAGGCGAUUCGGGUACUCCACCCUCAAGGACUCCAGCGAGUCUCUGCUAGACGAGCGCAAGCUGAGGCCUGGUCUGAAAGAGGACUCUGUCAUUGAAGAGAAAGAGCGGGCGGAGAAUGAGCAGGAGCACCUGGAGGCUGUGCUGGGACUCCCAUCGUCCCCUGUGGAGGACACUGAGAGCGCGGAGCCCUCAGACUCUACGCUGGAGUCAUGCCAGGACCGUAAGAAGAGCGGCUCUAAGAACGCUGACUCUGCGGAGAGGAAGGGUUCUCUAGGUGCUCUGCCUGUGCAGCGCUGCAGUUCCCUGGGCACUACGGCCCCUCAGUGGGUCCCUGAUUCUCAAGCACCAGCAUGCAUGAAAUGUGGAUCCAAAUUCUCCUUCACCAAAAGACGUCAUCACUGCAGAGCAUGUGGGAAGGUUUUUUGUGUGGUUUGCUGUGACCUGAGAUUUAAGCUGACUCAUCUCGGUGGGAAAGAGGGGCGAGUCUGUGUCACCUGUCAUUCAACUUUGAUUAGCCGGACUCUUCGCAAGGACCAAAAGAAGGUUUGGUUUGCAGAUAAUCUCCUUCCCCAGUCUGAGAGUAGAAGUGCCAACAGCUCUCCCAUUCACAGGAGUGUGUCUCACACACAGAGGACUGAGCUCGCUCAGGCGGAAGUGACUGACAUUAGAGCAGGAGAUGAGGUCAGAGGUCUUAAUAGCAACUCCACAAAACCCACUCCACCAAAGGACCUUCCGCCUAUUCUGACAUCAACAGGGGUCAAAGGAGACUAUACUCUAGAGGAGAAGAGAACGGAGUCGUCACUCUUAGAGGAGUUGGAGAGGGGUCUUGCAGAGCCUCUCGUCUUUGUGCUCAACGCCAACCUGCUGGCCGUGGUGAAGAUUGUCAGCUAUGUGAACCGGCGGUGCUGGUGUGUUAUGUCGAAGGGUAUGCAUGCUGUUGGACAGCCGGAGGUGGUCAUUUUACUGCAGUGUUUGCCUGAGGAGAAAAGAUUCCCAACGGAUAUUUUCAAUCAUUUCAUUCAGAUCUACUGGGAUGCCCAGACAGCAGCAGGAAAGCUUCUGAAUCACCUAAGUCACUCUUUGGUAUCCCGGGGGUUUCUGGGUAAUAACGAGCAUGCAGGCUUUCUUUACGUGCGUCCGACAUUCCAGUCUCUGGAGGGCCUGCCGUUACCUGUGCCGCCCUUCCUGUUCGGACUCCUCAUGCUCCGUGCCGAGGCUCCAUGGGCCAAAGCCUUUCCACUGAGACUCAUGCUGCGUUUAGGAGCGGAGUACAGAUUUUAUCCCUGUCCCUUGUUCAGUGUGCGCUUCAGAGAGCCUCUCUUCGGACCCGUCAACAACAGUAUCAUGAGGCUCUUAGUGGAUUUUCGUUUUUACCGUUACACGCUGCCGACGGUCCCGGGGCUCGUGGUUGAUCUAGAGGCUAGAAGCACCUGUAUAAGAAUCCCUAAAACACGUCAUCCAGAGCUGCUGAAGGCUCUGAAUAAGUCUAAUGAAAGAGUGCUGGCCCUGGGCGCCUGCUUUAAUGAGCAGGCCGACUCUCAUCUCAUUUGCGUGCAGACGGCAGAUGGACAGUACCAGACCCAGGCCAUCAGCAUUCACAGCCAACCCCGCAGAGUCACCGGCUCGUGUUUUUUUGUGUUCAGUGGAGGGCUCAAACCUUCAUCAGGGUACUUGGCCAAGUCCAGCAUUGUAGAAGAUGGCUUGAUGGUGCAGGUAACCAUGGAGACCAUGGGCGAGUUACGCCGAUCUCUACGGGACAUGAGAGACUUCACAGUCACCUGUGGAAAACUCCACCCUGCAGAGAGGCAGGAAAAUGUGCACAUUCAGUGGCAGGAUGAAGAGCCGCGCUUUAAUAAAGGCAUUGUCAGCCCCAUUGAUGGGAAGUCUAUGGAAUCUCUCACAAACAUCAAGACCCAUCAGCGCUUAGAAUACAAAGCCAAUGGGAAGCUCAUACGCUGGACAGAGGUGUUUUACUUGCUGAAAGACCAACAUCCAAAUGGUCUCAAUAACCACACCAGCCACAACCGUCUAUCAGAACGUCUUGCACGGGCGUUCUGCUUGGCACUGUGUCAGUCCCUCUGUUUGCUGAAGGAGGACGGCAUGACCAAACUGGCACUGAGAGUAAUUCUGGAUGGCCAGAAGAUGGAGUUUUUGGCAGGCGGUAACGGUCAGCGCCUUCCAGCACCGUAUCAGGACUGUCUUAACCAAUCAUUAAUGUCCGUGGUGCAGAGUAACUCUCAGUACCAGGGUCUCGCCGCCUGCCAGCUAGAGCUCAUCUUCUAUAUUCUGGAGGAUACGUCAUAGAGACGGACCACCCACUGUCACAUGUGCCAACACUCCCAGAAACCUCAUGAGCAUAUCCUUUGAGUUCAGUAUAAUUUGAGGGUGGAAUGUAGUAGAUGUCCCCAUGGGGCAGCUUAUUUUAGUAGUUUAUUCAAUACCCCACUGCUCACUGUGAAAAGGUCGGGGGUUACAACAUCAAAUGGCUUUAAAA